CCCGGAGUCGCAUGUGUGGCUUUGAAACAUUGGUACGGACACACGCCCCCACAUGUGCCGGCAUCCUCAAACGACACGCGGAUAACAUCAAACAUCAAUUAUAUGAACGCGCCCAAUCCUCACUGGCUGAUGAGGGGAAAACGUGAAUAUAUAUGGCAUUCUUUGAAGGUUUGGCAGGCUUCUUGGUUGCGCUUAGUAUAUGCGGAAACGUUCGAUUACCCACAAGUUUACCCACGGCUUGUCUGUCCACUUGCGGACUGCGGCGGUUGUCGAAGAAGCUGGCCUCAGAAAAGGGGAUACUUCCAAGAUGUAGUACAAUGCCUUCGAUCCGGUCCGCGUAUGCUUUUUUGUGGUACGACGAGUAUCUUGCGAAUUGUCGCAACCAAGAGAUCACGACUUAGAGUGUGUUCAAGCACGUCGCAUCAGAUUGCGCAGUUGUGGACGCGGCUGUCGUCGUCAUUUCCAUAUAAACGGCCCAUCGCAUUGAUUCACGAGCACGUACGAAUGCGCCUAUGUACUCUCUAAUUUUGGAGCUAUCAG